CUACUCUCAAGGAGAGAGCACUUUCUUGGCACCGCGUCCUGAGCCGCCGUCACGCUUGCAGGUCUCGCGACUCUGCAGACUCUCAGCUGGUUGGCUGGCCAUCUGGUGCCGUGUCCCGGAGACCUCUAAUGUCACACGGCUGUCCCCGGGCCUAGCCGGCAAGAGCGUGCGGGUAACGGAGCCGGGUUCCGCUCGAGGACCAUGCGUUUUCACAACUGGUCAUGAGUCCUGUGUCUGAAUCCUUGCCUUUCGCUGCAGGAGACCCACAGUGAGUCAACAGGACGGAGCUGUAAGACAUGUCCUCCCUGCUUCGCUGUGUUUCCACCUGCUCUGUGCCCUUGUUACAACAAGGUGCACUGCCAAGGUCCUCUGGGAUAAGGUACUUCAGAACUUUUCCCUUCCUAUGGAACCAGCAAGCUUCUAAAGGGGUGCGGUACUCAGACAUCCUUGUGGGUGUCCCCAAAGAAAUCUUCAAGAACGAGAAGAGGGUGGCAGUAUCUCCUGCUGGUGUUCAGGCACUGGUUAAGCAAGGCUUCAAAGUGAAGGUAGAGGCUGGGGCUGGGGAGCAGUCAAAGUUCUCGGAUGACCAGUACAAAGAGGCAGGUGCCAGCAUGGCCGACACAAAGAGCAUCUUUGCUUGCGACCUUGUCCUGAAGGUUCGAGCACCAGUGUUCAAUGAUGCCUUGGGACAGCAUGAGGCUGAAUUGCUCAAACCAAAGUCCACUCUAGUGAGCUUCAUUUACCCAGCCCAGAAUCCUAGCCUUAUGGAAAAGCUCUCCAAGCAGAAAUGCACUGUUCUGGCCAUGGACCAGGUACCAAGGGUCACUAUUGCCCAGGGAUACGAUGCUCUGAGUUCCAUGGCUAAUAUUGCAGGGUACAAGGCGGUUGUGUUGGCAGCCAAUAAUUUUGGAAGAUUUUUUACUGGCCAAAUCACGGCUGCAGGGAAAGUGCCUCCAGCUAAGGUCCUUGUUAUUGGUGGUGGAGUUGCCGGUUUGGCUGCAGCUGGUGCUGCAAAAUCAAUGGGUGCCAUCGUGAGAGGUUUUGAUACAAGGCCAGCUGCUUUGGAGCAAUUCAAGUCAUUUGGGGCAGAACCUUUGGAGGUGGAUGUGACGGAAUCUGGUGAGGGGGUAGGUGGUUAUGCGAAAGAGAUGUCCAAGGAGUUCAUUGAGGCAGAAAUGGCACUUUUUGCCAAGCAGUGCAAGGAUGUGGACAUCAUCAUCAGCACUGCACUCAUUCCAGGGAAGCGAGCACCCAUCCUCAUCACAACGGACAUGAUAGAAUCCAUGAAAGAUGGCUCUGUGGUAGUUGAUCUGGCAGCUGAAGCAGGGGGCAACUUUGAGACGACAAGAUCUGGGGAACUAUAUGUUUACAAGGGUGUGACACAUAUUGGCUACACAGAUUUGCCAAGCCGCAUGCCAACACAGGCCAGCACACUGUACUCUAAUAAUAUUCUGAAAUUACUGAAGGCCAUCAGUCCUGACAAAGACUACUUCUACUUUGAGCCGAAGGAUGAGUUUGAUUAUGGAACUGUCGACCAUGUCAUUCGGGGCACAGUGGUCAUGCAGGAUGGCAAGAACCUUUUCCCAUCUCCUCUUCCAAAAACUACCCCACCCCCAACUCCAGUCAUGCAGAAGACAGUGGCGGAACUGGAGGCUGAGAAGUUUGCUGAAGUCUCCCCAUUCAAGCGAACUAUGACAUCUGCCUGCAUCUACACGGCAGGUCUUUCUGGAGUUCUUGGGCUGGGCAUGAUCUCCCCCAAUUCUGCUUUUACCCAGAUGGUCACCACAUUUGGCCUUGCAGGGAUUGUGGGAUAUCACACUGUGUGGGGGGUCACUCCUGCCCUGCACUCCCCACUUAUGUCUGUCACCAAUGCUAUCUCAGGCCUCACAGCAGUGGGAGGCCUAGUUUUGAUGGGCGGUGGCCUCACCCCCUCCAGCCUUCCAGAAACACUGGCCCUGCUGGCUGCUUUUGUCUCCUCCAUCAACAUAGCUGGUGGCUUUCUCAUCACUCAAAGGAUGUUGGAUAUGUUCAAGCGUCCCACUGACCCCCCGGAGUACAACUAUCUGUAUGCUAUUCCUGGAGUUGUUUUUGUAGGGGGAUAUGGCGCCUCUCUUGCAGGAGGCUUCAGCAUUGAACAGAUGAUGUACCUGGGGUCAGGGCUGUGCUGCGUGGGAGCACUAGCAGGCCUGUCUGCACAGGGCACUUCAAGGCUGGGCAAUGCCUUGGGCAUGAUUGGAGUAGCCGGGGGAAUUGCUGCCACUUUAGGUGCUCUGAAACCCUCCCCUGAACUGCUGUCACAGAUGUCUCUGGCAAUGGCCACUGGCGGAACGCUAGGCCUGACUGUUGCCAAGCGCAUCGAGAUCAGUGAUCUGCCUCAGCUGGUGGCUGGUUUCCACAGCCUGGUUGGCCUGGCUGCUGUGCUCACCUGCAUUGCAGAGUUCAUGAUUGAACACCCUCACCUGGAUGCUCACCCAGCAGCAAACAUGGUGAAGACGGUGGCCUACCUAGGCACCUACAUUGGGGGUGUAACUUUCAGUGGCUCUCUAGUGGCUUAUGGCAAGCUGCAAGGGAUCCUGGACUCAGCUCCUCUGCUCCUCCCUGGUCGGCAUAUGUUGAAUGCAGGGUUGAUGGCUGCCUCAGUGGGGGGCAUGGUUCCCUUCAUGAUGAGCUCCGGCUAUGCCACUGGCUUGAGCUGUCUGCUGGGUGUGUCAGGCCUUUCCACGGUUAUGGGUGUCACUCUGACGGCAGCCAUAGGGGGUGCUGACAUGCCUGUGGUCAUCACAGUGCUCAACAGCUACUCAGGCUGGGCACUGUGUGCUGAGGGAUUCCUGCUGGACAACAACCUCAUGACGAUUGUCGGAGCGCUUAUUGGUUCCUCAGGUGCCAUCCUGUCCUAUAUCAUGUGUGUGGCUAUGAAUCGUUCACUGCCCAAUGUAAUUCUGGGUGGAUAUGGGACAACGUCCACCUUGGGAGGUAAGCCCAUGGAGAUUGUUGGGACCCAUACAGAAGUCAACGUGGAUCAAGCCAUUGAGAUGAUCAAAGAGGCAAACAGUAUUAUCAUCACACCUGGCUGGGGUCUCUGUGCUGCCAAAGCCCAGUAUCCCAUUGCAGACAUGGUGAAAAUGCUGCGAGAGCAGGGGAAAACUGUCAGGUUUGGCAUCCAUCCGGUGGCCGGACGCAUGCCGGGACAGCUGAAUGUGCUGCUGGCUGAGGCAGGGGUCCCUUAUGAUGUGGUGCUGGAGAUGGACGAGAUUAACGAGGACUUUCCAGAAACAGACCUGACACUGGUAAUUGGUGCCAAUGACACAGUGAACUCUGCAGCGCAGGAGGACCCCAACUCCAUCAUUGCUGGCAUGCCUGUUCUAGAGGUCUGGAAGUCCAAACAGGUCAUUGUCAUGAAGCGCACUCUUGGAGUGGGAUAUGCUGCUGUAGAUAACCCCAUUUUUUACAAGCCAAACACAGCCAUGCUGUUGGGAGAUGCCAAGAAAACAUGUGAUUCAUUACAGGGGAAAAUUAGAGAAUCUUAUUACUAAAUGUAACACUGUAACAAUCAGUUUAUUAUUAACUGUAUUUUACAUUUUUCCUUCCAACUUAUUUGUGGCAAGUUCAAACAUACAAUUUCAGAAUUUCCAUAAGGUAAAUGAUAAAUGCAUUAAUGGUCCUGCUGAGUUUGUCUCUUUGCAAUUUUGGAAUCUGUUAAAAUGAUCAAUUCUUGCAUGACACAGUGACCUGGUGAUCUGAUUUGUAAAUAAACUCUGACUAAAUGUCCAUCCAUCCAUGUUAAGCAGCUCCUCAGCCAAUUCAGGGUUGGAAUGGUCUAGCCCAAACAAUGAAACAGGGAAUAAGGCAAGACAUACCCUGGAUGGGAUGCCAAGCUACUGCAGGAAGUCACACACUCUCACUGACACAUGAACACACUGAUAGAAAUUUUUAGACUCACCAAUUCACCUGAAACAUCUUUGGCCUGUGGAAGAGGCCACAUGGACACAAGUACAUGCAAAAUCUACCCUUAAGCCCGAUUUUAAUCAAGACUAAAACGCUAAGACCAGAAGUUCCUAAAUAUGGGCACAACAUAUUUUGUAUA